GUUUGAUUUUUGUAUUCUCGAUUUCAAUUAUAUUUAAAUAUGAAUAAAUUAAUAUCUUUGUUAAGCAUUCGUAGGCUUGUUGAAUGUCGUGCGGUAAGCACAAGAAUAACAGCAGAUGGCAAAGAUGUACCUAAGAAGAAAAAUUUCGAAAAUAGAAUAACAUUGAUUGCUCCUGAUAAUUCAGUCAGUAUUACAGAUCUUAAAAAUGCGCAAAACUUGUCUCUUAGAAGGGAGUUGAAAUUAGUGAAAAUACAAGACGUUGAUUCGAAGACGAGGCGGCCGGUUUAUAAGUUAAUGACAAAUGCUGAAUAUCACGAAGAAGAGUUGCAGAAAAGGAAAGAGAAGCAGGUGGCUCGCCAAAACGCCUUGGUAAAAGGAGAGAAACUGUUGACAUUAUCUGCGAGGAUAGGGCAGAAUGACCUCAUGACAGGAGUAAAGAAAAUGAUGAAGCUGCUGGAGAAACAAUACGAAGUGAGGGUAGUUAUAGCAGGAGAAGGAGAGGCAGGAGCACAAAACUUGGAAAAGAUUUAUUCCGUCAUUGAAAGCAAUAUAAAAGCAGUGGGAAAAGUUGUGCAGAAAAGAAACAAAGGUAAUAACUUGAAAUUUCAACUUCUUCCCUCCAGGGACAGCAGUUCACAAGAUUCAAACAAGCCCAGCUCCAACCAGGAUGGCGACUCGGGUCCACUUUGACUAGGCAUAGGUAUUGUCGUGGUUUUAGUAGCAAAGUACAUUAUUUUAGAAAAGUAUUACUUUUCAAGACAUAACAAAUCUAGUCAAGUGAAGUUACAACAUCACACAAAGUUGUCAGCUGACUCUAGUCAAACUAAGAGUGUUGACUGUGACAAUGUUUAAAUGCUGAUGCUGCUAAAUCAUACAUAUGCCAGUGAAAGAAAUCAAGGGACACUUUUGUGUAACCAGUAAAUAUGGACAUAAUUUAAGUUAAAAGUUUUAUUUAGUUUAUUAGAAGUCAUUAUUUUUUAUAUUGUUGAUUAGGUUUUAGCUGAAAAAAUAAGUUUAAGAAUUGGGUAAAAUUGUUUUGAUAUAAUCAUAUUUUCAUGAGUAAAACAAUGCAGUAAAAUAAA